UCUGGUAAAGAAGAAUCCUUCCUCACCCAAAACCUCUCUCUCUAAUCCUUCACCAUGAGCAGGUCAGGUCAGCCCCCGGAUCUGAAGAAGUACAUGGACAAGAAGCUUCAAAUCAAGCUAAAUGCAAACCGAAUGAUUGUUGGAACCUUGCGUGGAUUUGACCAGUUCAUGAAUCUGGUGGUUGAUAACACUGUAGAAGUGAAUGGUGAUGAAAAGACUGGCAUAGGCAUGGUGGUGAUCAGAGGAAACAGUGUGGUUACUGUUGAAGCACUUGAACCUGUGGCCAAAAUGCAGUAGUU